ACGUGGUAUCAGUAUCACCUUUCUAUCAUCCACUACGAGAUGGGAAAGCGAUCGAGAGAAGACACCGAUGGAGACAAUAGUAGCGACGAGUCUCGGCUAUCGAAAAAAGUAAAGGGCGAAAAAGCACUGGACAGGGAAGCCCUUCUUGGUCAAAAACAUCUACAAGAAACCGAUGCUUACAGAAGAGAAUCCUAUCGCCUAGGAGCUUUUCCGUUCCUAGCUUUGCCUGCGGAAUUGCGUAAUAUUUUCUACGAGGUCGUGCUUGUUAGGAAAGAAGUCCUGAUCACUUCCACUCGGCCAAAAAUAUCGCAGGUUCGGGGUACAUGGGGCCCGACUAGUGAGAGAACCUAUACCCUUGAUGUCUCUGAAGAUGCGGAUGAGAGUCCAGGCAACGUAAACCUGUUUCAUGUCAAUUGCCAAAUACGUAACGAGGCCCGGCCAAUCUUCUAUAAGCAGAACACGUUUCGUUUCAAAAUGAAUUCAAAACUGGCAAGCUCCCAAGACGCCAUGUGUGCUCCGAUAGCCUUCUUCCGCGAUCGUCCCUAGGGGGUGGUAAGCAAAUGGAUCCACUCAGGUUGAAAUUGAUGUGAACUCUGUUGUAUUGUAGAUGCCGUAAAG